AUGGAAUCGUUGAAUGAAUAUGUUUUAUAAUUUAUUGAAUAAUAACGAUGCCAUCGCCAUCCAUUAGAGAAGGCAAAAAUGAUUAAAUUGAAAUGCAAUUUCCGUGAUUCAUUUAUUUGCACUUAAUGUAUAGAGAUUGAUAGUCAUCUAUAAAUGAUGUCUAUAAAGCGUGCUUCAGAUUUAUUAACAAAUUUCAUUAUGUUUGAAUGGAAAUAACCUUAACAAAAAACUCAGUAAAUAAAAGAUAAAUUACAAUAAUUUACAGAUAUUUUCAAUAAUCUGUUACAAUAAUUGGAGACUCAAAUUAAUGAAAGAGAUUAAAAAACAUAGAAUUUAUAAAAGAAUUAUUUCUAGAAAUUGAAUGAAAUUGAAAGAUUAAUUAGACAUCUUACAAGUGAUAUCAAAAUAGAGACAAAAAUAAAAGAUGUGAAUCAAAUGGAUAGGUAAAUAUAAUUAUCUGAUAAUCUCAAAUCUUCACUUCUUUUAUUAUUGUAAAAUGAUGAAUUGCUAUCAACAUGCAGUUAAAAAGAACACUUAAUUUUUAAUUAAAGAUUAGAAAAGAGACUAAGUAUGUUAGAUGAAACACUCUAAGAUAUGACUUCAUAGAUACAAUAAUAAAUGGAUGAAUUCAAUUAAAACAUGUAAAAUAUUUCAAUGUCUCGUAAACUAUCUAAUGCUGAACCUUUUAUGGGGACUUAAUCAAUUUUAGCAUCUCCAGCAAUGAAUGUUAGUCCAAGUCAAAGAUAGUUAUUUUUAUCUACCUUUAGUAGUCAAUUAUCUAAGACAUUUCUCAAUCCAUUUACAUUUAAAUAAGUGCAUUCUUAAUUCAAAUUAAUCAGUCCAACUAGAUUACUUAUACCUCCAAAUACAGGCAAUAAAACUAAUAAAACCAGAUUAGCUUUGAUAGGACCUCGUUUAUAAGAAGGACCUCUUAAACCACCAAAAUCAAUAACAUUUAGUAUUUAACAAUAAAUAUUAUAAACAUUUUAAAUAGGAGUAUGUGAAACAGGAUCUGUUGAAUUAGAUCCUACAAAACCUCACAAAUUAUUUUUGGCUUCCAAAUUCCCCUUUUUUAAUAGGGGUGAUUAACUUACUUUAACAGUUAAUCCUGCCACUGGAUUAAUCUAAUUAGUGAAAAAUAAAGCAUAUAAUCAACCUGUUUAAGCUGAAUUAUAAAUUGAUUGUUGGACUAAUAUGGUCUUUGUUGUGGCAUCUGCAGAUUGUGGAGGUUCAGGAGAGAUUCAUAUCAUUUAUGAUGAAUGAG